UGGUGGACACGGUCAAAUGUUUUUUUUUUAUUACGCGGUAAAAGUAAAAUAUAAUUUAUCUUUUUACUUUUUCUCGGUGUAUCCAACAGAAACUUGGUCGGAUCUCGGAUAUUAUAUUCACCUUUACACAUCUCCGGGAGCGAUUAGAUUUCACCGGCGACACACUAAAACUAAAUGUCGAAUCUGCACCGAUCGUCAAGCUCGUCGAAGAACGUCGGAAACUGCCUCCCCUCUAAGGAGCUUCUCGACGAUCUCUGCAGCCGGUUUGUUUUGAACGUACCCGAAGAAGAUCAACAAUCAUUCGAAAGGAUUCUGUUUCUAGUGGAGUAUGCUUACUGGUACUAUGAAGACAACGCUGUGGAGAAUGAUCCGACGCUAAAGUCUCUCUCUUUGAAGGAGUUCACUUUGCUCUUAUUCAACAGCUGUGAUGUGUUGAGACCUUAUGUCUCUAACGUUGAUGACAUUUUCAAGGACUUUACCUCUUACAAGUAUCGAGUUCCUGUCACUGGUGCUAUUAUCCUUGAUGAGACUUAUCAACGGUGUUUGUUGGUGAAAGGAUGGAAAGGUUCUAGCUGGAGCUUUCCUCGCGGGAAGAAAAGUAAGGAUGAAGAAGACUAUGCUUGUGCCAUACGUGAGGUCUUAGAGGAAACUGGAUUCGAUGUCUCAAAGCUACUCAAGAAAGAGGAAUAUAUUGAGUUUACAUUCAGACAGCAAAGAGUGCGGCUUUACAUAGUUGCUGGGGUCACAGAUGAUACAUCUUUUGCACCACAAACAAAGAAGGAAAUCAGUGAAAUUGCAUGGCAUCGGCUUGAUCAUCUUCAGCCAGCAAGCAAUGAGGUGAUAACUCAUGGAGUUGCUGGUCUCAAGUUGUAUAUGGUGGCACCUUUUCUUGCGUCGUUGAAGUCUUGGAUAUCAAAGCAUCCGUCUCCUGUUGCUCGGAGACCUGAUAAGCCCCUUAGAGCACUCUCCGUGUGGAAUGCAAAGACUAGUAGUGGUGGAGGAAACGGAACAACAACGGAAAGCUACAAUAAGAAGCCCGAAGAACAGGACACAAUACCUGGAAACACUUACAGAAGCUUCAAGUUCAACAUUUCAGCUAUCUUGCAGGCGUUGGAACCAGGUUUUUCAGGUUGACUAGUCAGUCAUAUAAUAUGGAUGGUCAGUAUGAUGCGGUUAGGAUUGAUGUGUUUUGUGUAUAGCAAAACCGUUGGGAUAUGUUCAUACGCUUCUACUUUUCUAUUUCUCAAGUAUGCCACUCGUUUCUUUUAGGAAGAAAGGGUUAUUUAUUGUACAUGAUGGUUCUCGUUCGUGGUGAAUUCUUUUGGAUGAUGGCUUUAUAUUAGAAGGGUUGCAAGUUGCACGAGUC